AUGGUGCAAUGGUGGGUGAAGCGCAUUCAGCAGCAUCAUUUGGAAUCCGACCAAAUGAAAAAAGACAGGCAAGGGCUAAACCUACAGGAGAAUAAGGAAGGCUUGUUCGAGUGCAGAGGACGAAUAGAGGGACAUUACCCGAUCUAUGUACCACCCAAUAACCUGCUGGCAGAGAAGCUAGCCGAGAAGCUGGCCAUGGACGCGCACACAAGUGUCUUGCAUUGGGGAGUAGGAAUAACCAUGGCAACCGUGAGGGAGAAGUUAUGGAUACCAAAGCUUAGAUACCUGGCCAAACGGCUGAUCAAGUGCUGUUAUGGGUGCAAGGUUCCGAGCCACGCCUUUUCCAAAUCGUCCAUAACAUGUGGGUCKCUACUGUUCCAAGUAGUUGGAAUUGAUUACGCUGCACCAAUUGUAUAA